AUGAAGCUGUCACUCGCCGUCAUCACUCUCUUGGCUGGCUUUGCCGUCGCCCUGCCUCAGAACAAAAACAACAACAAUGGUCAAAACAACCAAAACAACAACGGUGGCAACAACCAGGAUGCCGCAGCAGCAGACGAUGUGAAUGAUGCUGCCAACAAUGGUGCAGGUGGUGAGGCCGCCGCCGCCAAGGCAGAGGCAGCAAUCCUCUUGACUGAGAACGGCGAUGCCGGUGCCGCUGACUCUGGUCCCGACUUCGAGAAGGCAGUCCAGGCCAUCUCGGACUCCGGCAACCAAGAUGACCUCGACACUCUGGAGGCCGCUGGCAUCGAUGUUGAUGCAGCCCUCGACGGAAAUGGUGGCGGUGGAAACGGUGGAAACGCGGACGACGCGAAUGCGGACGAUGCCAAUGCGGAUGAUGCCCAGCAAGGCCAGAACGGACAAGAUGGCCAGAACGGUCAGCAGGGUCAGAACGGCAACGACAACUAA